GAAAAUUGCCGUCAUCAUCCUCCGGAGACCCAUUACUAUUUCGCUCGAUUUUCGUUUUCCAGCUUUUUUUAUCAAGAUUGAAGACAGAAAGGCCCCCCCCUGAUCUGAUCUGUCUUUGUGUUUUUUUCCCCGUCCCUCUGUUUGCCUUUUGCUGCUCCUCGCUGACGGCGGCAUCGUUUUUCUAUCACUCUCCCCUCCACCUACGACUUACUCCGCCGCUCAUUUCUGGGUUUGGGUUCCAGGUUGUUGCGCUGUUCGGUGUAACACGCUCGGCACUACGAUACCGCAUCGAUACGAAGUACCGCAUUUUAGACGGGACGGCUUUGGGUUUCCUCUCAGCGGCCGAUUUUUCACACAUUUGCCUCAACUCCAGACAACAAUUUCAAGUCACCGCCCCCUGACCUGGGACCACGACCGCCAUGUUGCGCACCUCAUUCCGCGCGCUCCAGGGCGCUGCGUCGACCUCUUCGCGAUGCUUCUCGACCGCCACAGUAACUGCCCGUGCCAGCCUCAAGCUCUCCGCGAGCCGUCGUCCUCUGGCUGUCGCCGCCCAAAAGCGCUUCGACAGCGCCCUCCAUAACCCUCCCGAUGCCGCCGACAACUUCCUGUCCGGUAACACGGCCAACUACAUCGAUGAGAUGUACCUGCAGUGGAAGAAGGAUCCCCAGAGCGUCCACAUCUCAUGGCAGGUCUACUUCAAGAACAUGGAGAGCGGUGACAUGCCCAUCUCCAGGGCCUUCACACCUCCCCCGUCCCUCGUGCCGAGCAGCAACCAGACUGUUGUCAACUUGGCCGCCGGUGCCGGUGUCGGCAUCGGUGAGGGCACUGAUGUCACCAACCAUCUCAAGGUCCAGCUCCUUGUGCGCGCCUACCAGGCUCGUGGCCACCACAAGGCCAAGAUCGAUCCCCUGGGCAUCCGUAACGCCAACAAGUCUGGUUUCGGCAACAUCAGACCCAAGGAACUCGAGCUCGACUACUACCAAUUCACUGAGAAGGACCUGGAUACCGAAUACACUCUUGGCCCCGGUAUCUUGCCCCGCUUCAAGCGGGAUGGCCGCGAGAAGAUGACCCUCCGUGAGAUUGUGGCUGCUUGCGAGCAGAUCUACUGCGGUUCCUACGGUGUCGAGUUCAUCCACAUUCCCGACAGAGAAAAGUGCGACUGGCUCCGCGAGCGCCUCGAGGUUCCCCAGCCCUUCAAGUACUCCAUCGACGAGAAGCGCCGCAUCCUCGACCGUCUCAUCUGGUCCUCCAGCUUCGAGGCCUUCCUGGCCACCAAGUACCCCAACGACAAGAGAUUCGGUCUGGAGGGUUGCGAGACCCUGGUUCCCGGCAUGAAGGCCCUGAUUGACCGCAGCGUCGAUUAUGGCGUCAAGGACAUUGUCAUUGGUAUGCCCCAUCGUGGUCGUCUCAACGUUCUCUCCAACGUCGUCCGCAAGCCCAACGAGUCUAUCUUCAGCGAAUUCGCCGGCACUGCCGGUGGUGAGGACGAGGGUUCCGGUGACGUCAAGUACCAUUUGGGCAUGAACUUUGAGCGUCCCACUCCUUCCGGAAAGCGUGUGCAGCUGUCUCUGGUUGCCAACCCCUCCCAUUUGGAGGCUGAGGACCCCGUUGUCCUUGGCAAGGUUCGUGCCAUCCAGCACUAUAACAACGAUGAGGUCCAGCACAAGAGCGCCAUGGCCGUCCUCCUUCACGGUGAUGCCGCUGUUGCCGGCCAGGGUGUCGUUUACGAGUGCUUGGGCUUCCACCAGCUUCCCGCUUUCUCGACCGGCGGCACCAUCCACUUGGUGGUCAACAACCAGAUUGGUUUCACCACCGAUCCCCGCUUCUCCCGUUCGACCGCUUACUGCACUGAUAUCGCCAAGGCCAUCGACGCCCCUGUCUUCCACGUCAACGCCGAUGACGUCGAGUCCGUCAACUUCGUCUGCCAGCUCGCUGCCGACUGGCGUGCUGAGUUCAAGCAGGACGUCGUUAUCGAUCUCGUCUGCUACCGCAAGCACGGCCACAACGAGACCGACCAGCCAUCCUUCACCCAGCCCCUGAUGUACAAGCGUAUCCAGGAGAAGAACCCCCAGAUCGAGAUCUACGUUGACCAGCUCCUGAAGGAGGGCACUUUCACCAAGGAGGAUGUAGAGGAGCACAAGCAGUGGGUGUGGGGCAUGUUGGAGGAGAGCUUCGCCAAGUCCAAGGACUACCAGCCUACCUCCAAGGAGUGGACCACCAGUGCCUGGAACAACUUCAAGUCUCCCAAGGAGCUUGCCACUGAGGUCCUUCCUCACAACCCCACUGGUGUUGACCGUCAGACUCUGGAGCACAUUGGUACCGUCAUCGGCACUGCCCCUGAGGGCUUCAACGUCCACCGCAACCUGAAGCGUAUCCUUGCCAACCGCACCAAAUCGGUCGUCGAGGGUAAGAAUAUCGACUGGUCUACUGCUGAGGCUUUGGCUUUCGGUACUCUUGUCACGGAGGGCAAGCACGUCCGCAUUUCUGGCCAGGAUGUUGAGCGUGGCACCUUCUCCCAGCGUCAUGCCGUCUUCCAUGACCAGGAGACUGAGGACAUCUUCACCCCUCUCCAGCAUGUCGGCAAGGACCAGGGCAAGUUUGUCAUCUCCAACUCCUCUCUGAGCGAGUACGGUGCUCUUGGCUUUGAGUACGGUUACUCUCUGACCGACCCUAACGGUUUCGUCAUGUGGGAGGCGCAGUUCGGUGAUUUCGCCAACAACGCCCAGGUCGUCUUUGAUCAGUUCAUCGCCUCUGGUGAGACCAAGUGGAUGCAACGUACCGGCCUUGUCGUGUCCCUGCCCCACGGUUACGAUGGUCAGGGUCCUGAGCACUCUUCCGGCCGUCUCGAGCGUUUCCUCCAGCUCUGCAACGAGGAUCCUCGCCUCUACCCCUCGGCCGAGAAGCUCGACCGCCAGCACCAGGACUGCAACAUGCAGGUUGCCUACAUGACCACCCCCGCCAACUUGUUCCACAUUCUCCGUCGCCAGAUGAACCGGCAAUUCCGAAAGCCCCUCAUCCUCUUCUUCUCCAAGGCUCUCCUCCGUCAUCCUCUCGCCCGCUCCAACAUUGAGGAGUUCAUUGGCGAGACCCAGUUCCAGUGGAUCAUCCCCGACCCAGCCCACCAGUCUGGCGAGAUCAAGGCUCCCGAGGAGAUUGACCGCGUCAUCCUCUGCUCUGGCCAGGUCUAUGCCGGUCUUCACAAGUACCGCGCCGACAACAAGAUCGACAACGUUGCCAUCACCCGCAUCGAGCAGCUCCACCCCUUCCCCUGGGAGCAGCUCCGCGAGAACCUCGACCAGUACCCUAACGCCAAGACCAUCGUCUGGGCGCAGGAGGAGCCUCUCAACGCUGGUGCUUGGAGCUACACUCAGCCUCGCAUCGAGACUCUGCUCAACAGCACGCAGCACCAUGACCGCAAGCACGUGAUGUACGCCGGCCGCAACCCCAGCGCGUCGGUGGCCACCGGUCUCAAGUCGUCGCACACCAAGGAGGAGCAGGAUCUUUUGGAGAGCGCUUUUACCGUGACUCAGGACAAGCUCAAGGGGGAGUAAGUCUUUUGAAUG